AUGGAUAUCCUUCUUCUCAUCACAGUUUUCCUCUUCCUCAUCCCCAUCUUCCUUCUCCUUACAAGAAGAAAAAAGUCAUCAAAUAGGCUUCCUCCAGGCUCACUCGGGCUGCCCAUAAUAGGCCAGAGCCUUGGUCUUCUCAGAGCCAUGCGUGCCAAUACUGCUGAAAAAUGGCUUGAACAAAGAAUCAGAAAGUACGGUUCAGUUUCGAAGCUAAGUCUCUUUGGGAAACCAACAGUCUUCAUUCAUGGACAGGCUGCAAACAAGUUUAUAUUCACCGCUGAUGGCAGUACCAUUACCAGCCAACAAACGGAGUCUAUUCGUAUGAUUUUGGGUGACCGGAAUAUACUGGAGAUGAGGGGCAAUGAUCACAAGCGUAUAAGAAAUGCUCUUAUGUUGUUCUUGAAGCCUGAGUCACUGAAGCAAUAUGUUGGAAAAAUGGACAAAGAAACCAGGAAGCAUCUUGAGACGCAUUGGCAUGGCAAGCAACAAGUAAAAGCCUUGCCCCUGAUGAAGAUUCUCACAUUCAACAUAAUGUGCUCUCUGCUUUUCGGGCUUGAACAAGGAACUCGCAGAGACGAACUUGUGGAGUGUUUCCAACAAAUGAUAGAAGGAAUGUGGUCAGUCCCAGUUAACUUUCCGUUCACGCGUUACAACCGCAGCCUCAAGGCUAGCAGGAGGGUUCAAAACAUGAUCAAGGAACUCAUAUCCGAAAAGAGGGUGGAACUUGAGCAGAAAACUAUUUCUCCACUCCAAGACCUUGUCACUUGCUUGCUUAGCAUCCGAAAUGAUGACAACGAAGAAGUUAUAACAGAAAAAGAAAUCUUGCACAAUAUCAUGCUAAUCAUGGUUGCAGGACAUGACACUUCAUCUGUUGUGCUUACUUUUCUUUUUCGGUCUCUAGCUAACGAGCCAGCUGUUUAUGAAGCCCUUCUUCAGGGCACUGAUCCAAUGCAACUGAUGCCCCUUGAUUUGUGGCUUGCAGAACAAGAAGAAAUAGCUAAAAGCAAAUCCCCAGGAGAGUUUCUGACAUGGGAAGACCUUGCCAAGAUGAAGUACACAUGGAGAGUAGCAAUGGAAACUAUGAGAAUAACUCCUCCUGUUUUUGGUGGCUUCAGGAAGGCAUUGAAAGACAUUGAUUUUGAUGGCUUUCUCAUCCCCAAAGGGUGGCAAAUAUUCUGGGCUACUUCUAUGACACACAUGGACAAGAGCGUUUUCCCAGAGCCAUCAAAGUUUGAUCCAACUAGGUUCGAGAACCAAGCAUCAGUUCCACCCUACAACUUCAUUCCAUUCGGAGCAGGGCAUCGAGUAUGUCCAGGAUACGAGUUUGCCAGGAUUGAAAUACUUGUUGUAAUUCAUUAUAUGGUAACUCAGUUCACAUGGAAGCUCUGUGCAGACAACAAAUUCAGUAGGGAUCCCAUGCCUGUACCUACUCAAGGACUGCCCUUAGAAAUCAGGCCAAGGAAACCUUGUUAA